AUGGCUGAUCAUAUCCUCAAAUCUCGUGCGGAGGUUGCAGCACAGGCUGUAGCUGUUCGCGCAGAGUUGAAAGUAUGGGAGAAGGAGUUUGCAACAACACAUGAUGGGAAAAAGGCCGGUCGGGAGGAUAUCAAACAAAGGCCCGAUAUUGCUGCAAAGUACAAGGAGUACGGCCGACUCAAAAAUCUUGAGGCUGCACUUACCCGACGCGAAAACCGCCAACAAGAAGCCGACUCGCCCAGAAAGCGAAAACAUACCUCUCCGACUGGCCCAUCGAAUACAAAUAUCGAUGUCACUCCUCGCAAAUCUAGUAGGGGCCUCUUUGCGACCCCGUCGCGCAAUCGCAAUUCGCAGGUCCAUCCCUCCGAACUAGAUCCCUACGACUCCCCGUCGGCCAUGCGUCGAUUGUUCAGUCCGAGCACCCAUGGACAGAUGCCAGCACCAUCGCCUCUAAAACCUGCCAUUGGACCUACACCACAGCGCGAUGGAAAAGCUCUCGGACUGUUCGACAUGCUGUCCGAGUCUGGCGGCAGCCAGGCCACCCCGUCGGCAAAGAGACAAAGGGAUGUGUUAGCGGCAGGAUUCCGAACACCCUCUAAACCGAAACUCUUUGAACCUAUUGCAGAAGAACCAGAAGAGGAGGGAACAUCACGACUCUCACGCACACCAGCAUCCUCGACUAAGCAAUUCUACCUUGCCAAUCUCUUUGCAACCCCUACGACUAUGCGCUAUGCAGCAAUGGUGGAAGCUGAAGAUAACAACGCCCAAGAAAAGAAUACACAGGAAACUGAGCCCGCAGCAUCACAACAUUCGAAUCCUUCUGGGACACCCUCUUUCCUACGUCGCUCCAACUCCGGGCGAUAUCCCGCGCCUACUACAAACGAAGGACCAGGCCUCAGUCCUAUUGCAUCUCGAAAGCCCCGUCAGUUCGCUGGUCGGGGACUCUCGCAUUUAGUGAAAGGACUUCGGGAGAUGGAAGAGGAGCGCAUGGAGGAUGAGUGGGAUAUGCUCCGCGAGAUUGAGGCAGAGCAAGAAGGUUUCCACUUCGAGGUCCCUGAAGUAAAGGGUCCCGUAACGGAAAAGCAGCAACCUUACAAGAAGAAGGGACAGAAGCGGACUACGAGACGAGUCAACAUUCGGCCAUCCAUUUCCAAGCCGAAGAAGCAAGAGGAUCUUUACCCUGAUUUGUAUUCAGAGAGUGAUGAUGAGUUGGCUGCGGUCCCGGAGACACAAAUCCCAGAAGUUCCCAAGGAAGUCCCCGCUGAGGCGAAUGCGGAUGAUCAUGAUGAUGUUGCCUCUCUACAUUCCAUUUCGGAACCUGGGUCGGAAUACGAGGGAGACACCGAUGUGGACUCAGAUGGGGAUCCCGAAUAUAACGAGAAGGCUAAAACUCCGCCACGGCCGAAGAGUUUCUCAGAUCGGAUCAAGGAAGCGGUUUUGAUGGCCAAGCCAACUGCCAUGGAUCCUCCAGCCAAGCCACCAAAGCCGCAAGAACCUGAGAAAGAAAAGAAGCCCCGGGAUCGGAAGAUUAACCCACAAGCACAUGCGAAUUACCGGUCUUUGAAGAUCAAGAAUAGAGGAGGAUCCCGUGGUGGUGGACGGUUCCGCAGGCGAUGA